CUUGUGCCCGUUAUGUAGAAACUUGCUUCUACCUGACCGAUAACCCAACCUGGCGAGUCGCAGCGCAAACAAACUUUAAGUUGGUGCCCUCUGCCGCAAAUGAGGACAGCAUUUUGCCCAACACGUUUAUAAACAUGUAACUUGCACUUCCAGUAAGCACGAUGGAUGGAACGCGCUAGCAAUUUCAAAGUCAGACCUGUUUCUGAUAGUUCGGGCCCCGGCUGCUACAGGCGCUACGAUAAUGCUGUUACUUGGCCGUGCCUCAUAUUAACCUGGGAAUCACAGCGCCUGUGUCAGCGGUUGGCACAGCAGCUGGCAGCGGUGUUUGACUGAGGGCGGGUGUGCGGGACAGGCGUAAACCCGCUGAAGCAGGCCGCGCACGCCUAUGGCGUACCGUGCUGCACAGCCGAGGCCGGUGCGCCUGAACAUCAAUGGCGAUGUUCCCACGCCAUUUAUACUGCCGUAUACUUGGUACGUGAAACAGCGGCUGUACUGGCAGCUGCCCAAGGUGCUGUCAGUCACGGUCACGGCGGAUGGGGAGCUUGACAACACACGUUACAAGGCGGUCGCCAACGACGAUUGCCAGUUUGGGCUCCGGGUCUCGUUCAACCUGACGGAGGCCCUGGACAAGUACACAGGCUACCACCUGGUGAAGGUCGCGAAGGUCAACCAGACCGAGCUGCACUUCCACCUGAGCAAAUACACGUGCCCCUGCAAUUAUGGUAGCGGCUGCGGCGCGGCCUGCGGCCGGGCGGCAGCUGGCGCCGGCGCUGCGGCAGGCGCAACCAAGCCUGUUGCUGAGGUGCUCAGUCGCCGCGCCACGCCCGCAGGCGCCGACCUGGUGGCUGCGGUGGCCGAAGCGGCGGCAGCUGGCGAGCUGGGGUCAGGCGUAGCGAGCGGCGAUGCUGCUGGGAGCGGCCCCUCCGGCAGCGGGGAGUCCACCGAGACAAGGGCUGGGGCGGCUCCGGCUGCGGGGGCGGCAGGGACAGGCAAGCAGGGUGGCGCGGGUGCGGCUCCUGCAGGCGGCACCGCGUCGGGAUCGCGGCCGAACCGCGGAAAGCGCCUCGCAGAGGAUGAUAGCGACGGGGAGGGCGGCAAUAGCGCAACCAGUGGCAGCAGCAGUGGCGGCUCCAGCAGCCGCAGCGGCAGCGGUGACAGCGACUCGAGCGGAAGUUCCAGUGACAGCGACGACGGCGGCGCUGUUUCUCCGGAGCCGGUGCGGAACAACCCGUUCAGGCAGGAGGGCCACUGCAGCUGCCCCUGCCACGUGUGGCGGAGGCACUGGCCCGACCCGGACGACCCCCGCAAGCACCAGGACCACCAGGACCAGGAGCGGGCGGGCCGCCGCGGCAACCGCGCCGCCUACCCACGAGCCCGCGCCCACGCCCGGCAGGGGGAUGACAGCGACGCGGAGGCGUACGGUGGCGACGAGGGCGAUGAGGACUGGGAGCUGCAGGCGGAGAGCUCGGGGCGGGGCCGCAAGCGGGCUGGCUCGCGGGAGCCAGCGGGUGGGGCGGCGGCGGCGGCGGGGGCGCGCCCCGCGCGCCGGCCACGGGUGGGCUCCGGCGGCGGCGCGCGCGGUGGCGCCGGGGCGGCGGACAGCGCGGGCGGCGGCUCUGACUCGCACCCGGGACCCCAACGUGCCGGUAGCUCUGGCGGCGCUGGUGGUCGGUGCGCUCGCGGCAGCAGCGGGGGCGGCGCGGCGGGCUCGGUGGGCGGAGACGACAGUGGCUUCGGGCCAGGGUCUCAGCGGCCUCCCCUGGCUGAGGUCGUGUCGCAAGGGAAUGGCUCGCACCCACACGGCCAGGGCGCUGGAGGAUCGCUGGCGGGCAAGGGUCGGCCGCGCGGGCAGCGCGCGCCGAGCUCGGCGACUGCUGGUGCGGAUGGCGAUGACGGGGAGGAGCGGCUGCAGGCGGCGCCGCGCGGCGGCAGCAGGGCCGGCGCAGGGCGAGGCGCUUCCGCGCCGCCGCGGCCGCCUCUACCGCCCUCGCACGCCCAGCAACAACAGCAACAACAGCAGCGGCGGCGGCCAGCACCACAGCAGCAGGCGGAGUUGCAGCCGCGUUCAGCGCUGCUCGAGCAAUGGGGGAUGGGGCUGGCGGCACAGCAGCGGCUGGGGCUGGGGCAAGUCCACCCAGCGGAGCUGGGGCCGGGUGGGCAGCCGCUGCUGCUGGGCCGGGUGGUGCCGGUGCAGCUGCAACAGGCCGGCGGCAUGCGGCCGGAGCUGGCAGUGGUACAGCUGGUCUGCAACGGGGAGCUGGUCCCGGGUCCCUUCCCCUGCCCGGUGCUGUGGGACGCGGGCCCGCUGCCGGCUGUGCAGCUGCCGGAGGCAGUGCAGGGCAUGCAGCUACGUUUCCUGGGCUGGGGCGCACAGGAUCGCGACCCGGACACGCUGCUGCUGCUCACCACCAUGGCAGAGCCCCCCACUGGCGCCGCCGCCGCCGGCCCCACCACCGGCCCCGCCAGCCGAUCCCGGCGCGGCGGCGCCGUCGCCAGCGCCGCCGCAGGUGCAGGCGCGCGCCACGCCGCUGCUGCCCCGGAGCCUGCAGAUGCCGAUGAGGGCGCAGUGCUGACGGGGCGCUCGGACGUGGGCAUCCCGGGCGAUGUGCUGCGCGACUACUUGGGCCACUGCGGCGGCAUGCCCCAGCACAUGGUGGUGGAGCUGGACGGCCAGGUGGUUCCCGAGGAGUACCCGGUGCUGGUGCUGGACGACAUGGGCGACCCCGCCACCGAGGCAUCCAUACAGCCCGGCCCGAAUGGGGAGGUGAUGCUGCGGCUGCACGGCGUGCCGCCGCACGUGGCGGGAAUGCUGCUGACCGGCUGGGGUGCAACGGAGCAGAACGGAGCCAGCGUGUUAGUGCUACGGGUCGGCCGGCCGCCCACGCCGCCGCAUCCAGCCGCUGCGGCGCUCGCGCCGCAUCUGCCGCCGUUGGACAUGCUGUCUACCCAGCCUCUGCUGGGGCCUGGGCCGCUGCCGGCGCAUCAAGACACAUGGGUGGGCCCUCCGCUGGGUGCGAUUGCUCAGCUCACGGCGCUGACUGUCGGCAUGGCGGUUCCGGGGGCGGCCGGGGAACUGCCGGGUAUGGUGCGGCUGGCGGCUGUGCCGACACCGGACCUGCAGCUGCCGCCCAUUCUGCUAGCGCCGCCGGAGAACCAGCGGCCGCCGUGCCGGGCGUCUUGGGAAGUCAAGCCGCUGGAGUUCUACACGCGGCUGCGGCGGGGCGAGAGGAUCCGGGGCGACCGUAUGCCGCUGGAGCCACGGCUACACCGGGAGCACCUGCACGGCGGGUGGGGGCUGCGGCGGCUGUUCGUGGAGCGGGACGGCUAUGUGGAUAUCUGCACGGCUGCGUGGUGUGUGUACAUCACCGAGCGGGCCAAGUCGGCCUUCGUGGAGAAACUGCCGCCGCACGCGCGGAACUGCUACUUCCUGGGCUGGGGCCUCAUGCCCGGCGGGGAGCUGGUCCUGCGUGUUAGCAGCAAGCAGCCGCCCGACUGCGUCCCGCCCAACGCGCCCAACGCACCCGCUAUGGCGGUGCACAAGGAGGCGCUGGCGAUGGCGGUGGAGGCGGCGGGCAUUGCAAAGUACUAUGAGGAGGUCAGGUUGCUGCGUGCCGCGCAGGGCCGCCGGACGCCCGCCAACGAGGAGGAGGAGCAGCGCGCCAGCGGCGGCAUGGGCGCGGUGCGGGUGGGCAUGAAGCGCGGGAACGGAGUGCUGCAGCGGAAGCUGAUGUCGGUGGAGCUGUUGCUGGACGUUGCGCCGUCGUUCCCUACGAGGCUGCCCAUCACGGCAAACCGUGGCGCUGGCGGAGGUAGCGCCGGUAAGCUCGGCCCUGCUCGGUGACGUUGCGCCUAGCUGCGAGGCCGGGAGUGAGAAGAGAGCUUCAAUCCGCAUGGCCGUAGAUGGAUAUACGCCAAUAUCUAAAAGUCCGAAGAUGAAUGUGCUAUGUAAUAGCGUCGUCGUAGGGUGAGGGGUAGGAACAGUGGACUGAGCUUGGCGUCCUCAUCAAAUUUGGUGGGCGCAUGCAGGGAUUGAGUAGUGUUGCGGAACUAAUGCGUACGUAGACCAGAGCGGAAGGCGGAGUGGGCUUGCAGGCGGCACGAGAGUAGGCAGUCAGUAGCGCAAGUUGCUAAUUCACAUGUUACCUCGUAACCGACGGUAAACGCUGUGGACGGUCGCGCCCAUGGCUAAGGUGGCUGCUGUAUUGGGAUGGCUGGGCUGGACGACGGCGGCCGUGCUGGCGUUGGGAAUACCAGAAAUGAUGCGCCCGAAACCAACCUGGAGAACACCAGCGCCACCGGUGCCCAGCACAACAUGUAUGGGAGCGAGGGAGGGACAGGAGGCGUGAUGCACUGCAGUGCAGAAGCUAUGGCGCGAGGCAAGCAACGUCAACCCCAAAGCAACCGCGAGGACAUGGUGCGCAAGCCGGGCUGCGGGCUGUGGCUGUGCGCUGCGUAUCGGAUUGCGUCAGGGCUCCCUUAGUAGGCAGGACGGACAAAGCCUUAGUUAGCGCUGCAUUACGCAAGCUCACACUGGUUACUGAACAGGCUUCAUCAUCUGAGUGCU